AUGAUAGAGGAUACAAUGACUUUGCUGUCUCUGCUGGGUCGGAUCAUGCGUUACUUCUUGCUUAGACCGGAGACCUUGUUCUUGCUGUGCAUCAGCCUGGCCCUGUGGAGUUAUUUCUUCCACACGGAUGAGGUGAAAACCAUUGUGAAGUCCAGCAGGGAUGCGGUGAAGAUGGUGAAGGGCAAAGUGGCCGAGAUCAUGCAGAAUGACAGGCUCGGGGGGCUAGACGUGCUGGACGCAGAGUUCUCCAAGACGUGGGAGUUCAAGAGCCACAACGUGGCUGUCUACUCCAUCCAAGGCCGGAGGGAUCACAUGGAGGACAGGUUCGAAGUAAUCACCGACCUGGUGAACAAGACUCACCCCUCCAUCUUCGGGAUAUUUGAUGGGCACGGAGGCGAGUCAGCAGCAGAGUACGUGAAGUCCCGCCUGCCUGAAGUCCUGAAGCAGCACCUGCAGGACUAUGAGAAGGACAAGGAGAACAGUGUGCUGUCCUACCAGACCAUCCUGGAGCAGCAGAUCCUCUCCAUCGACAGGGAGAUGCUGGAAAAGCUGACAGUGUCCUACGAUGAGGCAGGCACCACCUGUCUGAUCGCGCUGCUGUCGGACAAGGAGCUGACGGUGGCCAACGUGGGAGACUCCCGAGGGGUGCUGUGUGACAAGGAUGGCAAUGCCAUCCCCCUCUCACAUGACCACAAGCCCUACCAGCUGAAAGAGAGGAAGAGGAUCAAGAGAGCUGGUGGCUUCAUCAGCUUUAACGGCUCGUGGCGCGUCCAGGGCAUCCUGGCCAUGUCCCGCUCCCUAGGAGACUACCCUCUGAAGAACCUGAACGUUGUCAUCCCUGACCCUGACAUUCUUACCUUUGACCUGGACAAACUGCAGCCAGAGUUCAUGAUCCUGGCCUCAGAUGGGCUGUGGGAUGCCUUCAGCAACGAGGAAGCCGUCCGGUUCAUCAAGGAACGCUUGGAUGAGCCCCACUUUGGUGCAAAGAGCAUAGUCCUACAGUCCUUCUACAGAGGGUGUCCUGACAACAUCACAGUGAUGGUGGUGAAGUUCAGGAAUAGCAGCAAAACAGAAGAACAGUGA